AUGGUUGCCAAGCACAUCUCAAAUCACCGACAGCUGCAGCCCGGCAAACAAGUCCGAUGCUGGCCAAUCUUGGCCCACCCCCACGAUGAUCGAGGCGCCACUCCAGAGAUGAUCGACCACUCGGCGCCACCCCGGCAGCCCGGCUUCCCGCGCACUUACACAGUCCAACAUCACGAUCAACAUGGCCCGGAGCAGAUUGGAGACGGGUGCCAAAUUCUCCGUCAACCAGAGGGUGCAGUACGGCCCGCUGCGUUCCUCUUUCAUUCUGCCUGGCCUGCGGGCUCAGAAUUCCACAUUCGGGGAGCGUCGUUAAGGAACCGUCAGACGGAGGGGACUACUUGCGGCGCCGACGAGACGACAUGUCCUCAAGGUGGCUGGUGUUGUAGCGCUGGUGAGACAUGUUCUGUCGACAACGGGGCUUUCUUUUGCUGCCCUGCAGGCGCGGAAGCUGGUUGCGCGCGGGUGUGCGCCGUCGGCGACUUCCAAUGCGGUUCUGUUUGUUGUGCAGACGGACAGACGUGUAUGGGGCCCGACACGUUGUCGCCGUUUUGCGUCAGUCCGGCGCCGAGCUCGGUUGCGCCGACGACAACGACUCUCCCCACUCAAACAACCACGACCCCUUUGCCGUCGUCAACCGGAUCAAGCAGCACUACGACAAUAUCCACAACGCGAACAUCAAGGGCUCCAUCGCCUACGGCACACUCUACUACGGUUGUUACCACCCCAGCAAUAACCGAUCGCCCUUCACCUCCUGGGGUUACUUCAACAGCCUCGGCAGCCCCCUCGCAAGGGGGCCUCACGCACCCAGCCCAAAUCGCAAUCGGCAUCAUCGUCCCUGUCGCCGUUGUUAUCAUUGUCAGCGCUCUCUGGUUUCUGUUAUUCCGCCGGCCUGGCCGGGGCCGCGGACACCGCAGAGGCGGCACGGGAGACACCAGCUUUGGUUUCGGGACGGGUUCACGCGGCCCCACCCCUCCUCCGGCAUAUUCCAAGACCGGGUCAGAUGCGGCCCUGGGGCCGCCCAUGUCGGUGCACGAACAGUACAUGAUGGAGGCAAGCGCUGAGAGGAGAAGGGAAGGGUCGGCAGUUGGAGAGGGGUUCGAAAUGGCGGAUCUUAGACGGGAAGGGAACCCGAGCGCGGGGCAGGCGGGGGCUGGCAUGCAACCUGGGGCAGGCCCUGGGGAUGUGUCACCUCUUUCGGAUGACGGGGAAUCGAGAGGGAGAGUGUCGCCUCACCCGGGCAACAUGGUUGAUGUUUAG